AUGUCGAGCUACGUUGAGGACGGCACACGAGUGGCCGCGGCCAACAUCGCGUACGCGUUGGGCAACAUCAGCGACCCGCACGACGACGUGCCUUCGGGUCAUGAAGAGACUCGUUUCCGCGCUUCCGAGAGCCUUGACACGCGCGAGCCCGACAGCCCGCCGAGAUUCAGCUGCGAGGUCCCCAAAUGCCCCAGCCCUGACUACCACACCAAGGCCGGCCUCAAUGCUCACCGGCAGAAGAGGUGCCACUUCUGGUGCGAUCUCUGUAAGACGCACUUUUAUGACGAGGACGCUUUGUUUCUUCACAACGGAACUGUCCACAAACAGCCUCAACAGCUCGUCUGUCCCGGUUGUGGGGACGAAUUCAUCCGAGCGGGCGCCUUGAUGCAACACGUUGAGCAACGCUCCUGCCCUCUCCUCCCUGAGAUGCUCCAUGAACGACGCAAGAAGGCGGUCGAGUUUGAAGAAGCUCUGAAGAAGAAGGAUUCCGCCAACGCAGACUUUGUCCUGGCCGGUAAAAUGAAGAAUCUCAAGAUGCAGAAUUGGUACCCUGCAGGCGCUCAGCCGCUUGAGCAGAGGCCUGGUGACCUGCAGUCUGGUAACUAUCCUGCUCUCGGCCAGGAGCUCAAGGACUUUCGGGCCGGUUACUCGAAACAGCCUGAUCUGUUGACUGGGAAUGUCCGUGUGAAGCCCAAGAUCCCGCCUGUCAGAGAGGUUGAGAACAAGUGGAAUACCCAGGAAAACCUCUUUCCUGGUGCAACUUCCUCCAUCAGCCCUACGCCUAGUCAGCUUGCGGAUUGUACCAAGGCGGCUCCUUCUGCUCGAGACAUCGAUCUUCACCAGCGCAUUGAUGAUCCUAGCGAGCCUGGAUUCAAUGCUGCUGUCUUCUACGUUCCCCUGCUUGAACGCUUCAAGUGCCCACAUGCUCCCCGGUGCAAUUCCAAGUUCAAGAACGCUCAAGGGUUGAUCGCUCAUCUUCAGUCGCCGGCUCACAAGCCUACUGUUCAAUUCCAAUGUCCGCAUUGCCAGCGUAUCUACAACUCAAUGACCGCAGCUAUGUCGCACGCCGAGCAGGCCAGCCGCAUUUGCAACAUCCGCGAAACGGACGAGUUCCGCAAAUUCGUCAACCACGUCAGCGGCGGCAUGCUUGAUGGUCUGAACGCCAAGACGGACUGCCUUAAAGACGGCUCUCCGCGCUUCAUUGUCCCCAAACCCUUCAUGCAGGAUCUCCCCUUCCCAACGCACAUGAGAGAGAAGCAGAUGGAAAGAGAGGCGAAGCUAGGUCGAGGUCGUAUGGCCGAGUGGGACGACAAAGAUGAUCAAGAGGAACCGCACAAGACGCCGGCCCGUGGUGCCAAUAAUGCGUCACAGGGCUGGUAA